AUGUCGCGCUAUGGAAAAAUUAGCCGGACACGAUUCUUGUGUUCAAGAUCUACUUUGAAGUAUUCGGCCAAUUUUAACAAGGCAGCCGGCGGCGACGAGGGCGGCGCCAGGGCUGCCGAUUGCUCGGGAAGGGGCGACGAUAGCGCCACUGAUGGAUCAGCACAGGCGGCACAGGAAAGGCUUUUGCACCAUCAAAUUGGCAAUGUAACCCCAUGGGGGAGGACUGGAAGGCGUGGUGGUGGCGGUGGCACUGCCGAGGGAAGACCGAGGCCAGCUUCCAAGCCUGGGGGCAAGGGGUUCAAGGAUAUUGGUGUGCAGACUGACCAACUCCCCGAAGGCGCCGAUAGAUGUGCAGUGGCUGAAAAGCCCGAAAGGUCACAAACUCAGAACAGAGAAAGCCCAGCUUCGAAGCCUAAAGGAAAUGACAUCCCAGGAGCUAUCUCUGAAGGUUUUCAGACCAUGACGAUUCCGCCGGUGCCAAAGAGGGUAGUAUGUGACCCCCCAGAAUAUAUAACUGGUAGGAAGUUAAGUAAAUGUAGCUCUGGCAAGGUCUAUGUUGGCAGACGAAUAGAUAUGCCUGGUGGAGCAUACGACGGUCGAAAUGCACACGAGGUUGCACUUAAAUUUGAGCAUCGAAAAGGCAGAGCAGGUUGCUAUGACACCCCAUUAGAGUGGAAAGUAUAUCAGACUCUCAAUGGCUGUUAUGGCAUACCAUCGGUACACUACAUGGGUCGUCAAGGAGACUACCACACUCUUAUAAUGGAUAUGCUUGGUCCUAACCUCUGGGAUGUUCAGGAUUCACUGGAACAGAAGAAGAUGCCAUUUCAAAUGGUUGCUCGUAUUGCCGUUGAUGCCAUAUCAAUUUUUCAGAAGAUUCACUCCAAAGGCUUUGUACAUGGUGAUGUCAAACCUGAAAACUUUUUGCUCGGUCAGCCUGGAUCUGCUCAAGAAAAUAAGCGUUUUCUCAUAAACUUUGGCUUAGCAUCCAACUGGAAAAGAGGAUCAUCCAGCAAGCAUGUUCAGUAUGACCAGAGGCCAGACAUAUUUAGGGGAACAAUUAGAUAUGCCAGCGUCCAUGCCCAUUUAGGUCGUACAGCUAGUAGGAGGGAUGAUCUGGAGUCACUAGCAUACACCCUUUUGUUUUUGUUAAGAGGAAGCUUGCCAUGGCAAGACUGUCAGGGAGAUAACAAGAGCUUUCUUGUUUGUAAGAAGAAAAUGGAGACUUCUCCCGAGGUGCUGUGUAGAUCCUAUCCAGCUCCAUUCAAACAUUUUCUUGAGAUGGUUACUACUAUGAAAUUUGAAGAAGAGCCAAAGUACCAAAAACUUAUUUCUCUCUUUGAUGAUUUGAUCGAAAGACCUGCUUCAAGACCCAUCAGAAUCGAUGGAGCUCUAGAGGUUGGACAUAAACGUGGAAGAAUGGUCGGAACUCCUGAACAAGAUGAAAAACCUAUGAAAAAAGUUCGGUUGGGGAGCCCAGCAACUGAAUGGAUAUCUGUUUAUAAUGCUAGGCCGCCCAUGAAGCAGCGAUACCACUACAAUGUAGAUGACUCAAGGCUGGAUCAUCAUAUAGAAAAAGAUAAAGGGGAUGGCAUUUCAAUUAGCUGUAUAGCUUCUUCUUCAGCAAAUCAUUGGGCUCUCAUCAUGGAUGCUGUGACCGGCCUUCAUUCUCAAGUUUACAAGUUUUCACAGAUUUUCCUUCCUGAGAAUUGGAUUAUAGAGCAGUGGGGGAAUGACUAUUACAUAACAGCAAUAGCUGGAACAAUCAAUGGAAGCUCAUUGGUUGUAAUGUCCAAAGGAACUCCUUACACACUGCAGACAUACAAAGUCAGUGAAUCUUUUCCGUACAUGUGGAUUAGUAAACAGUGGAAAGAAGGUUUUCAUGUAACAUCUAUGGGCACUGCUGGGAGUCGUUGGGGUGUUGUCAUGUCGAGGAAUGCAGGAUACUCCUACCAGGUUGUUGAGUUAGAUUUCCUGUAUCCAAGUGAAGGACUCCGUCGGCAGUAUGACGCCGGUUACAGAAUAACCUCAUGUGCAGCAACGCCUGACCAGGCCGCUUUUAUCAUGAGCAGAGCCAAGAAGCCCAAGAAGAAACCGAUGGACGAAACACUUCUAACUUCUGCUUUCCCUUGCAAGGCUAUAAAGGAGCAAUGGGCAAAGAACCUAUACGUCGCCUCGAUCUGCCACGGGCGAACUGCGUGUUGA